CCAAUUAGAAUGUACGCGAUCAAGACAGAAGCGGGGCCUCCAUUUUUUAGUACCGUUCCCGAACCAAUGAAUAAGCCUGUUCCAAUAGAGCCUCCAAUAGAUAUCAUCUGUAAGUGUCUUCCUUUCAAGGCCCUGCUCAACGGUGCUUUUGCUGUGGCACGGGCCGUCUGUUCC